AUUAUGGAAAGGAUCUAUCAUUCAAACCUUCAAACUCCCAAAUAUACAACAUUUUUAAACGGGUUAAAAAUAUACGGCAGACGUGACUCCAAGGAAACAAAAGUUGGUUACUUUAGGGUCAACUAUGACCAGCUAAUAAUCUUGAACGAUUUAGCGCUGUCAUCUCGUUAUGCUCCUCAGUAUGUAUUGAAUCUGAUAUGUAUUGAUUUUUCAUGGGAAUUGAUUCCGAAGGCAGACUUGCAAAACAACUUGAUUCUCUCUGAAACUCCGGCGAAUAUGGUUACAACUUGACGACGCAGAAAACUUCUUUUUCGACCAAGAAGUGAAAGUGAGAUCUCAGCAAGGAGAAACAUCAUUGAUAUACUCAAAUCAGAAGAUGAAUAACUCGUCUGGAUCACAUCCAAGUGUUGCCCGUGAUGAAUGGAGUUAUUCAUUUACAGAUGCCUUCAAGUUUCCUGUAUUGACCGUUUAUAUAAUCAUUGUAGUGGUGGCAGUAAUUGGGAACAUCAUGGUUUGCUUUGCGAUCCUAGUGGACAAAAGCCUUCGAAGCAAUCCCACAACAAUCCUCCUAUUCUCUCUGGCGUUCUCUGAUCUGCUUACCGUGACUACCGUCACUCCAUUACAAACAGAAGAAUUUUUCCUACGAGGAACCUGGUUUUACGGUAAAACUAUGUGCAAGCUAUGGAGUACUGUUUUUUACAUCGCCGUACCCACCUCAAUUCUGACCCUUCUUGUUCUCAGCGUCGACCGUUACAACCACCUAACUGACCCGUUAAAUCGGUUUCGUAAAACAAGGUUUAUGACACGGAAAAAGGCCAUGAUGAUCAACUGUUUGAUAUGGUUUUACACCGUUCUGUUUGCUUCAAUUCCUUACACUGACUGGGGAGAUUUCCAUCUUUCUUUUUUCGCCUAUGACAAAAGAUGUUGGUUCCCAUACAUUAGCAGUUAUACAACAGUAACAAGUUUCCUCAACUUUUUGUUGCCUCUGCUUAUAACUUGCGGAAUUUACAUCAAGAUUUAUCGCAUUGCGAGUGUGCGAAAUAAAAACGUAACUACCGCCCGCAGAUGUGAGUGCGGCAAAUUAACUUUCACUCAAGAGACGAACAAUUAUAUAGGAAACCUUAAAGCAGCAAAGACUAUAUCUAUGUUUGUAGGGGUGUCAUUUUUCUGUUGGGUCCCUUACUCCACAUUUACCAUAAUCAAUUGCGUAUGUAUACACUGUCGGCAACACAUACCACCGGAAACCUACCCAUUCCUGCUAAUGUUGGGUUACCUGAGCUCUGCGUUAAACCCUUUCCUUUUCGCGUUUCGAAGCAAAAGCUUCAAAUUUAUAUACUCCAAGAUGCUGCGUUCAAUUAUGGUACUCAAACCAAAACCCAGUCCUGACUCUCGGCGAGUCUCUUCCAUAUCGCAGAUGACUCUCGCUUCUGAGAUUCCAUGUUCAAUGGAGGAAGGAAUUAUACUUCAAGCUGUACAAUCACGUCCAUUAACACUUAACUUCCAGAACUGCUGAUUAGCAUUUUUUUCGGAUAUCUACACACAUUAACUAGCAAACAAGACAAGAGAACCGACAAAUAUAUCAAUUGGAGGGCGUUAUCUUUUACAUGGCGUAAUUGCUUAUUAUCAGUGAUUAUAGAGAUGGUUGCGUUCUGGUUGGUCGAAGAUUACGUCAUAUCUUGCGAUAGUCAUCCAGAAUAAGUUGGUCAGUCAAUAAUGAAGCACAAAUUUUUAAAAUAGGCACUGCGUGAUUCGCUCAUUUUUCAUGACGGGGAAAAUAAAAUGCAUUUGCUCAUAGUCAUUAUUCUAAGACAAAAAAUCGCCACAGCGAGUGCACUUACAAGUGCUUAAAAUGUUUGAUACAGUCCGAUCACAGUGCGAUCACCCAAAUUCGGUUACAAAACCUAUUUUCCAGACGAUCCUGCCAAGGAGCCAGUCUUUUACUUGUCAUCUGGUGUGGGGGAGGGAGGGGAUGAAAGAUUCUAAAAUUUACCUUAUCCGAUAAGGCUCUGCAAAAUUCUAAUGAUCUUGCCCUCUCUCGUUGGCAGUAAAUUUGAAGUCAAUUUUAUUUAGUCCCCCAGUUAUACUCGUAGAGCGGAGACAGAUCCCUCUUCGUUUCCCCUGAAGACCAUGUGACCCCCGCCCCUCUCCCCAAAAAAAAUUAUCCGCCCUCCCAGGCAAUAAACAAUAACUGGCUCCUAAUUAUUGUUCUUUGAGCUUAGCAGUCAGUGCAUGCGAAAAGCAUAAGUUUGCAAUCUAUAAAAACAACAUACACUGUUCUGGGGAUUUUCGGAUUUUCAUGGGUUUGUAAAAGUCAGAGAACAAGGCCUAACUGACCACACACAGGUUAAAGAGACCAUAAAAAUUGACCUCAUCAUGAUACUCAUACAACUACAGCAUUAACCUUCUAAAAUGGGAUUAGUAAGCUUUCGCGACUCCCCAGUGCGGGUUUUAGCCUUUCCGCAGUUUGGCUCUUGUGUAUUACUUUGAGCGAUCUCCCUCUUUAGGAGGAAAUUAGGUGCGAAUCUUUGUAUAUUUCACACAGCAAUUUUUGUUGUUCUUUUAAAUGCCAGUUUUUCACGAGGAUUACUUUUAGUCUAAGCACUGAUGGUUGACAUUGUGUGACAUACUAAGGAACUCAUAAAUUAACAAACUGUAUUUCUGUGACGUUCAUAUAAAUCACAAACAUUAAAAAUUACCUGUUUAGAGAACUGGUCAUCCUCUUAAUCUUGCAUCACGACGCGGCUUUCACUGAGAGAGCGGAAUGGCGGGUCACUGACAUUACGGCCUGCCUCCUCGACCAUGUAGACAAAAAUAUUUUAGGUAUCUUUU